CUCGUGAGUGGAUGAGGAAGAAGUGUAACUUUAACUUCCUGACCACAGGACAGACAACUACGGUGUGGGGGCAGAUAGUAAUAAGGCAAUGGGAGGAAAAAUUACUUUCAGGGAGGGGUACGAAUUCUCGGGAAGGGGACAUUUGUUUGUGUAGAGUUUUGGAAGACUAGCCGCCUACCGGAACCUCCAGUCUUCCGUCUUUGUUCCUCCCGGGUGGAGGCGCGCUCCCCUCUGCCCCUAGAGUUCCCGCGGCGCCUGCGCCCUUGUUCUUAAACCCGCCUCUUCCGGCCAACUCUUGGGGGGCGUGGCGGCCCUUGCAAAAUGGCGGCGUCCGGGAAGAUUAUGUUUCCGGAGAAAUCAAGCCACAAAAAGUAUAGGGCCGCCCUGAAGAAGGCGAAACGAAAGAAACGACGGCAGGAACUGGCUCGAUUGAGGGACUCAGGACUCUCACAGAAGGAGGAGGAGGAUGCUUUUAUUGAAGAACAGCACCUGGAAGAAGAGAAGCUGUGGGAGAUAGAGAGGUCAGCAGAAGCUGUGCAGAAGAUGCUGGAGCUGGCUGAAAAUGAGUUGGAAAAUGGUGCCACUUGGCAAAACCCAGAACCACCCAUGGACUUAAGGAUAAUGGAGAAAGAUCGAGCUAAUUGUCCAUUCUACAGUAAAACAGGAGCGUGCAGAUUUGGAGAUAGGUGUUCACGUAAACACAAUUUCCCAUCCUCGAGCCCCACACUCCUUAUUAAAAGCAUGUUCACAACGUUUGGAAUGGAGCAGUGCAGAAGGGAUGACUAUGACCCGGAUGCCAGCCUAGAGUACAGUGAAGAGGAAACCUACCAGCAGUUCCUGGACUUCUAUGAUGACGUGCUUCCCGAGUUCAAGAACGUGGGUAAAGUGAUCCAGUUCAAGGUCAGCUGCAACUUGGAACCUCAUCUGAGGGGCAAUGUGUAUGUUCAGUAUCAAUCGGAAGAAGAAUGCCAAGCUGCCCUUUCUCUGUUUAAUGGCCGGUGGUACGCAGGACGGCAGCUUCAGUGCGAAUUCUGCCCAGUGACCCGAUGGAAAAUGGCAAUUUGUGGUUUGUUUGAAAUACAACAGUGCCCGCGAGGAAAACACUGCAACUUUCUCCAUGUGUUCAGGAAUCCCAACAAUGAGUUUUGGGAAGCUAACAGAGACAUCUACCUGUCUCCUGAUCGGACUGGCUCCUCCUUUGGUAAGGGCUCGGAGAGGAGAGAGAGGACGGGCCACCACGAUGAGUACUAUGGGAGGCCCAGGAGGAGACGGAGCCCUAGUCCCUCCCACUCCUACAAGAGAAACGGGGAAGCGGAGAGGAAACGGAGAAGCAGUCACCGGGGGAAGAAGUCUCACAAACACAUGUCAAAGAGUCGUGAGAGGCACAGCUCACGAAGUAGAGGAAGAAAAAGGGACCGCAGCCGGGGCCGGGGCAGCCGGAGCCAGAGCUCCUCUAGGUCCAGGAGUCGUGGCGGGAGGAGGUCAGGCAGCAGAGACAGAACUCUUCAGAGUCCCAAAUGCAAAUAAACGUACUUUGUUCCUAAAUGACUGUAGAUCUUAUUUAUGAUGGCAGCUUCCUGCUUGGGUAGUAGAGGGCUCUGAGCUCGAUGGGUUAGCGAGUCUGGCAGAACACUAUUGAAAAAUGCUUUUAUUCUCUGAUAAUCAGUGUGUUUAGUAUAGAAAACUAGAAAACCUAAAAUGUACAGAUAACAUGGAAAUCACCUGUAACCCUAACACUUAGUGAUCAUGUUAACAUGGGAGCCUUGCUUUUUUUCUUCUGCGUGUGUACACGUGUUUUUUUACACAAAGAUCAUAUAUGGCUGCAGCUGAAAAUGCUUUUUUUUUUUCUAUGCAAAAUCUCCUAUUUCAUCAAGCCUCCUCUUCUUUUUCUCACUGCACAGCAUGGACCUACCCGUUUAUUCAACCAUAUCCCUAUUGUUGGAUUUUAAAUUACCUUUAAUUUUGCAUUAUUAAAGAAUCCAGUGCUAUAAACA